AUGGGCCGUGGCGGGCGCAUCCGGGGCCGCGGCGCGGUCGGUGCCAUCCUGCGCCGCCGCGUGGAGCUCGCGGGCGCCUUCGUGGACAUCCAGCGCUGCAUCUCCGAACUCUGCGUCCUCGCCGACGGCGUGGUCCAGGGGCGCCUCGAGGACCUCGCGGCACCGUGGCUGGCGGGGCAG